UAUUUGACCUCCUCUGAAGGAGGAGGAGUAGGAGAGAACUUUCUCAACUUCUCAACAGCAUUUGAUGCACACAACUACAUUGUCCUUGAAACAUGCUUUCCUGACGGCUGUCACCAGCCUCUCCUGUUGUCCUUCAGCCCUGCCCACCCCUUCUCUGUCUGCUUUGCCAGCUCCUCUUCUAAAUGUUGGCAUUCUCAGAAUUUGGGGCCAGGCCAGUUCUCUUCCUCCUACUUUUGAUCUAGACUCUCACUAGACCACCUCUCCGGUUCCAUGGCUUUGAAUAGCAUCCCCUGCUCACCACUCCCAGCUGGCUUUCUCCAUCUCUGACCUCUCCUCUGGCCUCUAGACUUCUUAUCUAACUUUCUGUUUGACAUCUGGCUCCACUUGGCUCUUAGCAUCAUCUCAAACUAAGCAUAUCCCAAAUUGAGCUCUUGAUUCCCAACUCGCCUAAUGCUCUUCCCACCCCUUCCCACCAUCUGCUCUUCGGCCAGUCUUCCCCACUGUGAUAGAGGGCAUAUCCGUCCAUUCAGACACUCAGGCCAGAGACCUUGGUACCUCUCUCCAGUUCUCUGUGUUAGUCAGGGUAGUCUAGAUGGUGCCGCAAUAACAAACUCCAGAAUCUCAGAGAUUUGGCACAAUGGCAUGUAUUGCCUGCACGUGCCACAGGCCAGUAGGGUCAGCAGAGGUGGGAGGUGGAGCUUCACUUCACACAGUCCUUCAGGGAUCCAGGCUCCUUCCACCAUGGAAUACUGUCCCUCUCCACAUGUAGCUCCAAGGACGCUGCAGCAGGGGAUGAGAGAGGCAGGGUGUGGAAGCCUGCGAGGGGUGUUUUAGAGGCCAGUUCAUCCACUUCAUCCACUUGCCAUUGGUCAGAAGGCGUCAUGAUGACAUGGUGUAGCCCUGGUGCCUCAGCAGUGCCCGGUGGACCAUACCUGCUCGGCUGCCCCGGCAUGUGGGACAACAUCACGUGCUGGAAACCCGCUCAUGUGGGUGAGAUGGUCCUUGUCAGCUGCCCCGAACUCUUCCGAAUCUUCAACCCAGACCAAGUCUGGGAGACGAAAACCAUUGGAGAGCUUGGUUUUGCUGACAGCAGCACCCUGGAUCUCUCAGACAUGGGGGUUGUGAGCCGCAAUUGCACGGAAGAUGGCUGGUCAGAGCCCUUCCCUCAUUACUUUGAUGCUUGUGGGUUUGAUGACUAUGGAUCCGAGAACGGUGACCAGGACUACUACUACCUGUCGGUGAAGGCCCUGUACACCGUUGGCUACAGCACGUCGCUCGUCACCCUCACCACUGCCAUGGUCAUCCUGUGUCGCUUCCGGAAGCUACACUGCACUCGCAACUUCAUUCACAUGAACCUGUUUGUGUCGUUCAUGCUGAGGGCCAUCUCCGUCUUCAUCAAAGACUGGAUCCUGUAUGCAGAGCAGGACAACAACCACUGCUUCAUCUCCACCGUGGAAUGCAAGGCCAUUGUGGUUUUCUUCCACUACUGUGUGGUGUCCAACUACUUCUGGCUGUUCAUCGAGGGCCUGUACCUCUUCACCCUGCUGGUAGAGACCUUCUUCCCUGAGAGGAGAUACUUCUACUGGUACACCAUUAUCGGCUGGGGUACCCCGACUGUGUGUGUGACAGUGUGGGCCGUGCUGAGGCUCUACUUCGAUGACACAGGCUGCUGGGAUAUGAACGACAACACGGCUCUGUGGUGGGUGAUCAAAGGACCGGUGAUUGGCUCCAUAAUGAUUAACUUUGUGCUUUUCAUCGGCAUCAUCGUCAUCCUUGUGCAGAAACUUCAGUCUCCAGACAUGGGAGGCAACGAGUCCAGCAUCUACUUAACAAAUUUAAGCCCGGGAAUUCCCAAGAAAGCCCGAGAGGAUCCCCUGCCUCUGCCCUCAGACCAGCAUUCACUCCCUUUCCUCUGCGUGCAGAAAUGCUACUGCAAGCCACAGCGGGCUCAGCAGCACUCUUGCAAGAUGUCAGAACUGUCCACCAUUACUCUACGGCUGGCCCGGUCCACCCUGCUGCUCAUCCCGCUCUUCGGCAUCCACUACACGGUGUUUGCCUUCUCCCCGGAGAAUGUCAGCAAGAGGGAGCGACUCGUGUUUGAGCUGGGGCUGGGCUCCUUCCAGGGCUUUGUGGUGGCUGUUCUCUACUGUUUCCUGAAUGGGGAGGUGCAGGCGGAGAUCAAGCGGAAGUGGCGGAGCUGGAAGGUGAACCGCUAUUUUGCCGUGGACUUCAAGCAUCGACACCCAUCCCUGGCCAGCAGCGGGGUCAACGGGGGCACCCAGCUCUCCAUUCUGAGCAAGAGCAGCUCCCAGAUCCGCAUGUCGGGCCUCCCGGCUGAUAACCUGGCCACCUGAGUCCUGCCUCUCCUUCUCUCCUUUCCUCCAUAGCACAGGCUGGGGCUGCCGGCAGGUGGCGGCCCACGCAUGUUUGCGCCUCUUCUCUCCCCUUGGGCAGGCCCUGGGCCGGAAGCUGGGCCCCCCAAGUGGGGAGGAGGACGCGGGGUGCAGACUAGUGUUUCCCCUCCCCAUUCUUGUCACUGCCCCCCACCCACCAUGGUCCCUUGGGCCCUGAGCCAGAUAUGUAAAUACCCCUCAAAUUUGGAAAAGUUUCCAGGUUGCCUCCCCCUUUGCCCCAGUUUCCCUGAACACCUGAAGCCAGGUCCCCAGCUCCACUCCACCACGUCUCCAUCAGCCUCAGUGAUGACCUGACCUAUGGUGAGGCCUCGUGAGCUAAGACUGAAGAGUCUUUGCUUUUGGGGGGCUGGGGUGGUACCUGUCCCUACAGCCUCCAUCAGUGCUGUCUCUGGACGUGGAUUCCCUGUGAGUCUGCUCACCACCCUGGGCUGCCUUUCUCCUGCCAGAGGUACAGCUUGGGUGACAAGAACAUCCUCCAGUGCAGGCCAGCCCAGAGGCUCUCCCUCCUGCUCAGCCAGCGUCUUGGCAUCCGCAGGGCCUGGGUCCUGGACAUCAGGGCAGUGGGACAGCUCCAGGGCUUCUCCAUUCAGAGAGACUUCAGCUUGGGUGGGGGUUCUUAGGGUCAGGGAAAGUUCUGGUGCUUUUCUUUUGGCCCAAGAAGAAUCAUCGAGAGCCAGAAAUGUGGAUUUGAUUGGAAAGGAGGUGGAAAGAGUUUGGGAGAACCCAUGAAAGAAGACAUUCACCAAUCUCCAUCAUUUCAGUCAUUUGACAUGCAACCACCCCUUCUCAAGAUGGGCAGUCUCCCUUCUGCCCCUCUUGUCCCCAGGCAUCAGCUGUAGCAGGUGAGAGAUGGAAACCUCCCAACUAUGCCCACCCCAGGGAGCCCCUGAGCCUUCCCGUCUCCCCUUAAGUCAAAGCCAUGAACAGGAUGAACCAGCCGCCGUUCUGUGAUGUCAGUGAAUCCUGAAGCACCCUUCAUCUCCAUGUGCCCAAAUCCAGGACCCAAGACUUCUACCCUCAGCCCAUGGAUUACAAGGAGCCCUGGAUACCAGCAGCUUGGGCCUGGGUUCAACAACUGAAAUCCCUCAAAUUUCUGUAAAGAUUUCCCUCUUGUGUGCCCUUGACAUUGAAAUGCCAAAGUGGGUGGAGGUAGGAGUGGGGCGCCAGGGUGUCAGGGCAGGAAGUCAUGCCCAUCAUACCCAUGGAGCACCUGCUGCUGAGAGGAGCUGCCACUUCUCCACCCGAGUCCUGGCUCCCCAGCUGCAAGGUGCACAGCCACAGCCUAAGAAUUUAAAACAAGGCCCAACAGGUUUGGGGAAGGUGGGAGGAAGUGUUUGGGGAGUUUGGGUAGAGGGGAAAGUUGCUUGGCCAGGGGGGCCUGGGAGACCUGUGGAAAUGUUCCUGGAGAGGCCCUUAGGGUGCCUGGAGAAGGGGUCUUCUUUCUGUGAUAGCCCCGUGCCCUUGGCUGGUGAAGCACUGUUGGAUCCCUGGGUCUUUGGUGAAACCAGAGGGAGAAAGGGAGCUGCCUGCCCUUUCUCAGGCACACGUGGUGACUCAGGCUGGCCAAGGGGUGUGCAGUGGCCCACCCAUCCUGCGUCUGACCCCACGAUCCUCCCCACACCUCACCCCACCUCUCAGAGAGCCAUGUGUGUUUAUCAUCCACCUUGUAUGUUCGUUGCACACUGUUAGGGUGCCUGAACCACUUAGAAGGUGCCACAACCUGGGAUUCAGAGAUCUAGGAUCUGCCCCAGUCAGGUUACAUGGUCUGAUGUGACCAUGGACACAACACUCCCUGCUUGGGGCCUCAGUUUCCCCAUUUGUGAAAUAAGACACUGACUUCCAGUGCUUCUCCAGGCCCAGUGCCUCUCCAGUUCAAAACUAAUGCAGGUAAAAGGGCAUGCAUCAUUGUGCGUAUCUAAGGUGUCCGUGUAUAUAUGUUUCAGGGGGCAGGGAGGGGAUUCUCUUUAUCAUCUAUUUCUCAGAAAUGGAACUUCUAUCUCUUCCAUUUGGACACCACAAGGGAAGCUGGUGGAGCAAGCUGUGUUUGAGAGGGAAAGGUCAGGCUGUGGACACGUGCCGUGGGCAUGAUAUAGACCCAGCGUCUCCCUGGCUGGGGCGGGGUGCCAUGACUGGGUGGGAAGUGGCCACCUCCAGAUUGAAGGAGCAGCCCCUCGAGUAUGGACCCCACUUCUUCGUCAUCUCCCCCAGCGGCAGCUCUGCUUCACUGUGGAAGAGGGAACUUUGACUUUAUAGAUACAUUAUCACAAAACAGCAAAAACAAAAUGAACCCUGAGCCCCAUCUACUGAACUGCUGUCUGAGCCCUGGGCCUGCAUCCUCCUAGAGGCUCCGGGUUCCUGCUGGUUUGUUUUCCUGUCUGUAUGAAUUACUGCCAGUCUUGAGAGUGGAUGUAUCUGAUGUACUCUGAAUGUUCCAGGAGUUCAGGCCCUCGGGGUUGCAGGCAGUGGGGUGAAGUAUGAGGUCCAGGUAAGAUCCUUCUGUCUCUGACCCUCUGUUUUCACAUCUGUAAAAUGCAAUAAGACUGCAUCUCCAAAAUUCUCUGACAAAACACCAGCCAUCUACUCAGAAUAGGUUCCAGGCGGGAUGGAGAAAUUAGCUUGGAACGGGAAAGGGUAAGAACUCAUGGCCUGUGAAGGGGGCGUUGAGGGACCUGGGGAUGGUCGGGCUGGGGAGGAGCAGACCCGGAAUCGCCAGAGUCCAUGUCUCUGGAGGAUUGUUGCUUGUUCUCUGCAAUCCUGAGGGACAGAACUCAGGUCCGUCUGUGGGAGAUGGUGGGAGGUGAAAAACUCUCAGCCCUUGUCAUGACUGUCUGGCCAUGGGGCAGGUGAUGUCAAGAGAGCAGCUCCAGCCCAGGUGGAAAUGGGAUUCCAAGCCCGGGCUCCUGUGAGAGGGUCCGAGCCUGGGGUUGGAGCGAUUUGGUGGCUUCUGGUGAUCCCCAGCUUUGAGGGCUUCAUAAUUCCCCAUCAUGCUUGAGGCCAGCCACCUUCUCUAUCUCCCUGGGCAGCUUCACAGUCCUUGACAGUUACCCAGUGGCCUCAAGUGAUUCCUUCUCUUCUCUAAACACCCCCUGAACUGGCUCUCUGGGGAGCAGGGCCAGGGACCUAGAGCCAGGCCCAAGUCUUGGAAUACUCUUCAGUCCAUCAUCACCCACCAAGGCCACUGACUCACCUUCCUGGCAAAGGAAAGCUAGAAGAGGUUUUCUUUGAAAUUCUCUGAAUACCAUUGCCCUGUUCAGGGCUACUCCAAAGUGAAAGCAGUGGGUAAUUUAUCAUCACGAAUUCCUAUUUGGACAUGAUCAUAAAAGCUAGCUGGAAGAGCCCUGAGCAGGGAGCCAUGGAACCAGGCUCCUCCUAGUGUUGCCACUGACCUGCUGUUUUGACCUUGUCUCAUUCCCCACAUAACUCUGGAGAGACAUGCAGGAUACUAGAACCGGGAAGAAACUUGGGAGGUCUUCAGGUCAAACCUUCCCCAUUAGACUGAUGAGAAAACACAAGAGGGCCCACAGGUAUGUACCCAGCCCUGCACCUGAAGCAGGAGGAGAUACCCAGUAUAGCAGCCAUACCAUCGACAUUUAGCCUUGCAUGGGAGAAAGGCUGUGGCUAAACAAAGUCGCUCAGGACUCCAGGUCCCAGAGAAGCAAUGGACUGUGAUGUGCAUGGGGAGACCUGUUUUCUAACAUGGGCUUCGCCACCUGCUCUGGGUUCAAGGCUUAACCCCUCCAGGCCUCUGUUUCCUAAUUGGAGAAAUGGGCAGGUCAUGAUUAGCAUGGUCUGUCCCACAGGCCAGGAAUGAGGUUGAAGUGAGAUACCCUUGAAAGUGAAAGUGCAUUGAAGACUGUACACAGGUGCAGGCCAGUUACUAGAGUGAAGCCCCCGUGAAAGGGACCCAUUGCUGUUUGCCUACUGUUUUGAGCCCUCUUGGGUUAACUUUUGCCCCAUUUGUAAAAACCACCAGCAUCGGGGUUAAGAGGGAGGCCAGGGGCUCCGGUGAACACAGAAUUCCAGUUUAUCUUUGUCAGCUGAUUAAGUUUGCUCUUAGGGUUAGGAUGGCAGGGGGAAAGGGGGGACUUCCCUGUCACCCCAUGUGAAUCCUUCAAGGAUUUGGGACAUCCCUCAGAUAGGCUGUGAGCCCCCUCCUUCUCGAUUCCCUGAACUUGAGGGCCUGGGUUUUGCCUGUGCUUGGCCAUGUGUUUCUUGUCUGAUGUCUGUCUUCUGUAGCUUUGCUUCUGUGAGGGCGUGAGGAGUCCAGCACCUGGCCAUCCCAGGCAUGGUUCUAAGCUCACUUGUGGGAGCUGGACAGCCUGGGUUUCAUCUCCCGCAAUAAAGAUAAGCCCCACAGACCUCACUGCUAUUGCUGCCAUUGUUAAUGCUGUGCUUGCAAGCUGGUCCAGGAUUUUAAGGAUUUCAAUCUGCUGUAGAUGACUCAAUAAAUGUCUUCUCAGUUUUC